AUGGAUCCUUUUACCUUGCCCCCUUUUCAAGCUGAUGGGCCAAUCAAGCCGAUCACUUGUGUGGAAAUGCACACAGCCGGCGAACCAACACGAAUCCUCUGGUCUGGCUUUCCAGAGUUAACGGGAACAUUGCUUGAACAGCGUGCACAAGCAAAGGAAAAACAUGACGACUUCCGAAAGCUCUUGAUGCUAGAGCCUCGUGGCCACUAUGACAUGUAUGGCGCGAUACUCCGCACCGAGACAGAGUUAGUAUCGACUGGCGAAGCAGACAUUGGCGUGCUAUUCAUCCAUAACGACGGGUUCUCAACCAUGUGUGGACACGCCACUAUCGCAUUAGGACGCUUCUUGGUGGAUGUUGACGACUCUGUCUUCCCACGCAGACGUCAAUUGAAGUAUGAUAGCGUCUCGGGCACAACCCGCCUGAACUUGCAUGUGCCUUGUGGGCUCGUCGAGGUUACUGUUCCUACUCUGCCGACGGGGAAGUCUGAUCCUUCACGCCCUGUCUCGUUUGUAUCGGUCCCGUCCUUCGCGACUGCUAUCUCUCUGCAGGUGCCUCUGGCGGAGAAGUACCGGUGGCCUGAGCUUCAGGGUCGCACCUAUGUGACGGCGGACUUUGCAUACGGUGGAGCCUAUUAUUGUUUAAUCAGCGCAAAGGAGCUGGGAUUCCCUGCAGGUUUGGGCGAAGCCGAGGUUCAGAAGAUGGAUCACGCUACGAAGCUUCUCAAGGAAGCUGUCGUAACCAACCCGGAGCUAGCAUAUGUGACCACGGAUGUUGUGACCGGAGAGCAAGGCUACCUUUACAGCAUCAUGAUCGUGGACACAUCAUUGGGACAUGUUGCUGCGGCAGAGGGAACGGCUGGAUUUGAAACACAGCAAGGCGUCGACGCCGAAGAGACCGGUCUCUGCUUCUUCGCAAACCAGCAAAUUGACCGAUCUCCAACUGGGGGAUGUGUUGCUGCACGUGUUGCUCUUGCUCACGCAAAAGGGACCCGAGCCUUAGGGGAGAAACGCGUUUAUAAUUCACUGUUCACUCGUGCUUAUCCGGCCCUUUCAGGCUUUGUAGGCUCCGUGUUUGACAGCGUCGAGGGCCGCCAAUGGGUCCGUGUGCAAGUCGGUGGGUACGCAUAUUAUACCGGAUAUCACUGCUUCGUGGUUGAGAAGGAGGACGGCAUCGGCAUUGAUGGAUUUUCGGUCAAAGACGUGUCAAAGUAA